AUGGUCAAGAUCCUGUCUCUCGCGCUCGCGUGCGUUGCGUCCCGGCUUGCUGUCGGAGCGACGGUCAACUACGACUUCACUGUCGGUUGGGUCACGGCCAAUCCUGACGGUGCCUUCGACCGACCCGUCAUCGGCAUCAAUGGAAAAUGGCCCAUCCCCCAGAUUGAGGCCAACAUUGGCGACAACACUGUCAUCAAUGUGCACAACGACUUGGGCAACCAGUCUACUUCGCUGCACUUUCACGGGCUGUUCAUGAACGGGACCACGCACAUGGAUGGUCCGGCCCAAGUCUCUCAAUGCCCCAUUCCACCGGGCUCCUCAUUCCUGUACAACUUCACGAUUACCCAGCCGGGCACAUACUGGUAUCACUCACACACCAUGUCCCAGUACCCAGAUGGACUCCGCGGCAGUCUCAUCAUCCAUGAUCCGGACAAUCCUUAUGCUGGGGAUUACGAUGAGGAGAUUGUCUUGACGCUCUCAGAUUGGUAUCAUGAGCAGAUGCAGAACCUCAUCCUGCCGUUCAUGAGCAAGACGAACCCUACCGGUGCGGAGCCCGUGCCGAAGGCAGCGUUGAUGAAUGAGACGCAGAACCUCACCAUCUCGAUCCAGCCAGGCAAGACCUACUUGAUGCGUGUUAUCAACAUUGGUGCUUUCGCUGGUCAAUACCUAUGGUUUGAGGGGCAUAAUAUGUCCAUUAUUGAAGUUGAUGGUGUUUACACCCAGCAGGCGACCGCCGAGAUGAUCUAUCUUUCCGUCGCCCAGCGCUGCAGUUUCCUUCUCACAACCAAGAAUUCCACUACCGAGAACUUCGCCAUCGUCGGCAGUAUGGACACGUUGGUAUACAACGAGACUAACUCACUUCCGGAGCCGGCAUUGAUCGAUGAGCUCAAUCCUUUUGAUGAUAUGACAUUGGUACCGCACGACGAAUUGGCACGUUUUGCCGAGCCUAACCAGACCGUUGAGCUCAACGUCAUCAUGGACAACUUAGGUGACGGUGCCAACUACGCGUUCUUCAACAACAUCAGCUACAAGGCACCGGUGGUUCCGACAUUGUAUACGGCACUAACAACUGGUGCUGAUGCGGAAACUGCCGAAGUCUACGGUGACUACACCCACAGCUUUGUUUUGAAGAAGGACCAAAUCGUUCAAAUCGUGGUCAACAACCUUGAUUCCGGUCGCCACUCGUUCCUUCUCCACGGGCAUCACUUCCAGUCCCUCUACCGCGGUGAAGAAGAGAGUGGAACUUUCGCAGACUCGAACAUGACCGAGAGCGACUUUCCCGCAGUGCCCAUGCGCCGGGAUACUCUCGUCCUCUGGCCCGAUGGAAACAUCGUCCUUCGCUUCAAGGCAGAUAACCCGGGCGUCUGGCUGUUCCAUUGCCAUAUUGAGUGGCAUGUUACCUCUGGGUUGCUGGCAACCUUUGUGGAGGCACCGCUGGAGAUCCAGAAGUCGCUCACCCUCCCGCAGAACCACCUCGAUGCUUGUACCGCUGGAAACGUACCCGUCUCGGGUAAUGCUGCGGGCAACACCAAAGACCUGCUGGAUCUCAGCGGACAGAACGCGCCUCCCGAUCCGCUCCCUGCUGGGUUCACGACGAGGGGAAUUGUCGCAUUUGUUUUCAGCAUCAUCUCAGGUGUACUUGGAAUCUGCGUUGUGUGUUACGCCGCAUCUACGAUGUUGAAUGUCCAAGGAACAUCUGGCGCAGCCACGGAGGGCGAAACCAAGCGACCUGCCGGUAAGACUGAGAACUAG